AUGUCACAAAUGACGACUACAGAAUCUACUGUCGAAUAUGAAACAACAACUUUCACAUUAAAAGCAGAUGAUAUUGGUCCAAAUAAAGCUACUUUAUUACAUGCUAGAACAACAAACAACGAUAGUCAAUUGUAUAAAGCUGUUCUUUAUAUACAUGGAUAUUCUGAUUACUUUUUUCAAGAUCAUGUGUGUAUACAAUUUUUGGCACAUGGUUACGAUUUCUUUGCAUUAGAUUUGCGUAAAUGUGGUCGAUCAAUUAUAUCACCAGAACACGAUCAAUAUAAACAUUAUUGUAAUGACCUUCACGAAUAUGAUGAAGAAAUUACACUUUCAAUCGAACAUAUAAUCAAAGAAGCAAACACUAAAAGUAAAAAAUUGAUACUUUAUGGUCAUUCAACAGGUGGUCUUAUUGUCAGUUUGUAUGCAUCAUUGGGUACAAAAUAUCAGGAUAUUGAUGGGCUUAUUCUCAAUAGUCCUUACUUAGCUCCAUUAAAUACAACUUUACCAGAAUCAGUAUUACAAAGCAUGGUGAUAAAUUUUCGCUUAUCGAAAGACAUAGAUGAUAAUUGGUAUGGUCGAUCAAUACAUGUAUCUAACAAAGGCGAAUGGAAUUUUGAUUUAACCAAAAAACCAAUUGACAAAAUUCGAAUACAUGGUUCGACUUUUUCUACUAUUCGCUCAGCUCAACAAGAUCUUACAAGAAAAGGUUCUUGUAUCAAAUGUCCUAUUCUACUCUUGUGUUCAGAUCGUUCAAUAAAACCAGAUCAAACUUGGCGUGAUGAAUAUGAACAAGCCGAUCUUUUACUUAAUGUAACAACAAUGCGACAUGUUGCAUCUACUCUUGGUCAACAAGUAACAAUCUAUGAAAUUGAAAAUGCAAUACAUGAUAUAUUUUUAUCGAAAUCAUCAGUUCGUGAAAAAGCAUUUCAUUUGAUGUUUCGAUGGCUUAAACAUCUUGAAGAUGAUUAG